AUGGGGUCAGCUGUUAAUCAAAAGGAUCUCAAAAUAGAAAGUCAAAAAAUGGAUGGAUCUGACUUGCCAUCGGCAGCUACUACCAAAACUUCUUCUAAAAGGUAUGUAUCUAAAAAAUUAUUAACUUUAAAUGUCUACUCCAAGGCUGUGCUUUCCUGGCUUCAAUAACUUACUUAAUUUUGCAUUUGGGUAAUUGUAACAUUCAAGAAAUCUUAGAUUUUCUUAAAAUGUAUAAUUUAUUUAAAAAAAGGUCGGCAAGCUGUAUUUGUGGCAACUACUUAUCAGCUAGUACUCACUACUGGUUACAUGUUGUUUCCUAUCAUAUAUGACCGCGUGACAUGCUGGUGAAAGCAUGCAGUGACCUCAUUUUAUUUAACAUAUUAAGGGCUUCAACACUGCAGGUCGCACAUCAUGCUGUUUUAUGUUGUAUAAGAUAACAACUUACAAGCCCCUUUUUCUGGCCACAGUUUAAUUUGAUACCAUGUGGUGUGUGAUUGGUUGAAAGAUAUAUGCACUUGGUUCUGAUUGGGUGAAUGGUAAACCCUAAAGUUUAUACAGUCAACUAUCUAAAUUCCACCAAUAAUUUUCUCAUUAUGGAAGAGCGUCUAUUGAAACACAUCAGCUGCAUAAAUGGAGGUACACAUGACUAAUUGUGUGCAGCUUUCAAAGCAUUCUGACCCAUGCAGUGGACUUUUGAUUAUUUGAGUGAAGUUCUGCAAAGUGUUUGUUUCCAUGAAAGGAAACAAUCGCCAAAUUUGCAUGCACUCUGUCUUCCUUAUGGCAAUUAACUUUAGUUUACAUUGAUCAAAUAUGUCAGAAAUGUGCAUCAUAUAAUAUUUUAUUAAGGUAUUUAAAAAAGAAGAUGCUGCACACAGGUUUCCUUAGUGAGUAGCAGAGUGAAUAAUUAUAAUGCCACAGCACAAGGAGGUUGAACUUGCUGUUUCAACUUGUUCUGGUGAAGUAAUAUUAUGCUAUCUUGUUGUAAUACCUUGAUCUUGCUCCAGGUCUGGCAGAUUCUGUGCUCAUACACCCAAAACAUUCCCCUCUGCUGCCAGCUACUCAACAAUUUCUUUAUCCCCUGGUCCCUGGGUUGCUCUCACAUAAUAACAAUCACAUUAACAAUAUUAUUAUCAGGGCUGUGCUCUAACAGAGCCAAGUGGCCCCUGGUGACCAAGUUUUGCUCUUGGGCGACUAGUCAUUCUUAUGUCUUUUGUACAAAUCAUAUGCUGGACACCCUAGAUUAUUUGACAGUUUCAGAGCACUGGGCUCCCUUCAAUUUUCCUUAGAGCACAGCCUUUAUUAUUAUUAUUAUUAUUAUUAUUAUUAUUAUUAUUAUUAUUAUUAUUAUUAUUCUGUUUUAAAUCACAUUAAACAGCAUCAAUAAGUAUAACCAGGAAUGAAGUGUGUGUGUUAACUCAAAUAACAAUUUUGAAUGGAAAAUUUACCAGUUACUUUUGUUGAAAAGAACAUACAGAUACAGUGAACCAAAUGAAGAAGAAGAAGAUAAACCAUUUCUUGCUCCUUUGAGCAAUAAAUGUGAACCAAAUGUUGAUUACUUUUUCAGUUGACAGGCAAAUACCCCUUACCAAAAAGAAAACUUUGGGAAUAAUAUGGCAAAGCCUGGGCCACAUAUGGCCCAUACAUGUAUGUGGGAAUGGUAUGGGAAGGCUGAGUGAUGAUUGCGUUCGCGGUACGAGAACGUAACCCCUAAUUUGUGUUGGGUGUCCUGUGCAAUCAAUAGGGAGUUUAAGAUACGGCGACUACGGACUACGAACAACUACGGCUGGACGAGCGUUGUUCUUUGUUCGUAGCACUGGGUUGAGUCGUGCAAAUAUAGAACGUUAAGAUUGCACUACAGACAGUAGACUACGAGAGAAGAGGCGGAGAGGGAAACAACACGCAAAGAUUUUCUUGUUUUCAUCACAGUUCACAAAAAUGCAAGUCAGUUUUGCAUGUGAUCUUUAUAUCUUUAGAGCAAUGAACAAAUUCUUCCAUACUUGAAGGAAGCAAUUGUGACCCUCCACGGGAAAACGUACACUAACGACCUUCCGUUAAACGUUAGAAAACUAACGGAUACUUAACGGAUUGCUCACGGCUCUGAAGUCAUUCUAACGCUUUGUAAUAACGUUCUAACGCUCGGCCCUGGCCUUCUAACGGUUUGUCUUAACGCUCUAACGGGUUGUCCUAACGGUCCAACGGUCCGCUCUAACGCUCCAACGGUUUGCGUUAACGUUCUAACGGUUUAUACUAAAGUUCUAGUGACUGAUCACCACUAAAGUCUUAAUUCUAUAAAAUAAACGGAUCAUAAGUUGUGAAUGAUGUAUAAUAAUGAAAUAACACAUGAAGUGCGGAAAUUGAAUCAGAAUGAAAUGAAUCGAAUCGGUCACGUAUUAUCUCUUGCCUUUUAGCGAAGUCUUUAGUUAAACGGUCGAUCAAAGAAAGAAAGCGUGGUUUUGCAACGGCUAAAACUGAUAAUAACAUUCAAUCAGGACUUCCAAGGGGUAGAAUCGACAAGUGACAUGACUCAAUUCUCCCAAAACAUCGACAAAAAUACUCAGAAAAAGCAAAAUAGUUUGCGACAGUUACGAUUCUGACAAUUCACUUUCCAUUCCUCUUUGUUUUCUACGUGACAUUGGCAAUUGUCCCUAACGAAACAAGCCGAAAAACGGAGUCGUAAUCGAGCGAAAAAGCGACACCAGACCACCAUCAAUAAACAACUGCGGCCGGCAGUCAAAAGCGUCUCUUGUUGAGAAUCCGCUUACCAACUACAGCGAAUGUCUGGCAGGUUAUCUCAAUCCAUCUUAGUUAUCUUAUUCCAAAAAUGCAUCAGUGGACCUUUGAGUUUGGUGGAAAAUUAAAAUAAUAUUAGUUGACUGUCGCUCAUUGACAUUUCCAACUAAACAACUUUAUGCAAAUUUUUGUUGAAAUUUGAUCCACCGGGAAUGAAGAGCAGCGGAAGCGUUGCGUGACGACCCAAAGACGACGAAUUUCCGAACGACCGUCAUUUUUUUAGAACUACUUGUAGAAGUAAUAAAUAAUAAGGUAUUUCUAAACAUCGGUCUUUUUAAAACUUGAAUUAAAACUCUAUAAAUGCUAAAAAUCUACGGAAAAUCUCGCUUGUUGUUGUACUUCUCGCUGUACGCUUUCGAUCACAGCUGAAUGUGUGCACUCUCAAAUUAUUCGAACCGCUUUAUGGGUUAACUUAAGGAACGGAAUUAUGCAGUGGGGGAUGUUGAAGAGAAUAUGGUAGGAAGCCGUUCGAACAGCUUGGGUUAUAAUUCUCCAUUCAAAAAAUUUGUUCAUUUGCCGUUUCAAUCGACUUGGUGCGCCUUGUAGAACCAGGGAUACCACAUUCUUUUUUCUCGUGACGCCACAAAUUCACGCUCGGCAACACAUGCCAAAUAAACAAUUACUCAUCAAUAAAUGGCGCAUCAUAAACACUUUCGUAACGAAAUUCAGCGUUUAAAACAGAGUAUUUUGCCGUUUCAAUCAACUUUGUGCGCCUUGUAGAACCAGAGUUAUCACAUUGCUUGUCGUGACGCCACAAAUUCACACUCAGCGGCACAUGCCAAAUAAACAGUCUAUGAACUAUGCUUGUGAAAAAAUUACUCGUCAAUAAUGGGCGCAUCAUGAACAAUUUUGUAACGAAAUUGAGCGUCGAAGACAGGGUAUUUUGCCCUUUCACAGGGACCGCGUAGCAAGGUGAAAAGUGGGAGGGCUGACAAUUGAAAAUAAUUUUUUCAUAUUGAAAAUCGAAAAAUUUCUAACUAUGGGCUAUUGCAUUUAAUAUCCGCACCCCCCCCCCCCGGUUGAGGAACCAUGGAAUUCUCCAGGGGUAAGUUAUAAAAAUUGAGGAUUUCUUUAGGGGUAGAUAUAGAGUAAACAAAUAUGGAAUUCUUUGGGGGUGAAGCCUUAAUUUUCACAAAAUUCUUCAGGGGUAAACCCAAAUUCUUCAGGGGUAAACCCAUAUUUUACGGAAGUCUUCAGGGGUGAAUGCAAUUUUAGCCAAUCUUAAGGGGUAAGAUGAAAAGGUAAGUCCUCAACCGGGGGGUACGGAUUUUAAAUGCAAUAGGCCUAUGGCCGUUCACUGUUCAAGUAACGUAAUUCUUCUUGCCAUCGAAUAUUUCAUUGAUUCGAAAGGAGAAAGACAAAACAUAAAACUUUUAUCAACUCAAAACAACUACUCACCUUUGUUUGGCUUGAAAAAGCUAGUAAUAAUCUUCAUUUCGUCUGAUAAAACUGAUAAAAAACUCUGCCGGAGCUGGAAGUACAAAACACGCUGCCGAACGAAGCGAAGGGGUGGCCAAGGCAAUUGCCGAGGCAUGGCGUUUGCUCAAGGGGCAAGUCGGCCCCAGGGCACAAUUACCGCGAAAAGCACAGGAGCCCCACAAAAUGCCUGGCGUUUGAAAUUAAAGAAAAUACAGAGAAUAUAGGGGAAUAUAGACGGAAAAAAACUUGUUUCAAGUCUUUUUUUAAAUUUUAAUUAUUUUUCUUUUUAGCGCAAAAAGUGGGGGCGGGGGCGCAAAAAAGUGGUGGGGCCGCGGCCCUACCAGCCCCUCCCCCUCCGCGGUCCCUGUUUCAAUCGACUUUGUGUGCCUUGUGGAACCAGAGAUAUCACAUUUUUGUUUCUCGUGACGCCACAAAUUCACGCUCGGCGGCACAUGCCAAUAAUUUUUUAUAACAAUCACUUGCCUGUGAAUUACUCAUCAAUAAAUGGCGCAUCAUAAACACUUUUCUAACGAAAUUCAACGUUUAAGACAGAGUAUUUUGCCGUUUCAAUUGUCUCUGUGCAUCUUGCCAGAAAUAUCAUUGUGACAAAUAAAGCUGAGACUUUUGUCACCGGAUGUAAACUUUGUUUACAACUUCACCCGACGUAAUUAUUACGUCGGGUGAAAUUGUAAACAAAGUUUUGGUUACACAGGUUUUAGUUUUGCCCAUGAAUUCUUAUGUCAAAUAUUAAAGAAAUAGACAGAAAUAGUAAUAGCUCAUUUAUUAGAUUUAGAGUAUGGACUUCUCCGACUACUGAUCUGAUUUAGUCUGAAGUAUUGAAAUGCCGAGUUUCGAUUGUCUCGAAGAUGUUUACAUCAUUUUCAUUCAGCGAAGGCGAUACAAAAACUCGCAUAAACAAAGGUUACACAAGUAGAAAGACACAAUAAUCAGUUCGAACAAACAUUGAAUCUUUUCAAGUGCUAAGAGAAAGUAAAUCACCUGCAUGAUUUCUCUUCUCCUCGGCCGUCAAUCGGAAUUCUGCGUAUAAACAGCUAAUCUUGUCAAAUAAGGGCUUAGCUAGAUAAAAAUGAGGUCACAACAGUGUAUUAAAAGCGUAAAUCUGAGCAGAAAUUAGACACAACUUACACAUUUUGCUUCCCUCUCACUUAAAGCAGGUGAAUUAAAAACAUUUUUACGAAAAGACGAGAUUCUUGAAGUACCGAGACGGCAAAAUACGAGCAAAAUGUUCUCCGUAGUCGCGACUACGCGAAACAGCUCACAACUCACCGUAGCCGCAGGACUACGCGGGAAAGACGAACAGUCACAUGGUUUUGAUCAUGCGCAGUAGCAUGUUUAUCCGUAGUCGUAGUCCGUAGUCGCCGUAUCUUAAACUCCCUAAUGAGGGAGGUUAUUUUGAGGUUGCAUUUGUGUCGACACACAUUUGCCUCACUUUGAAGUGCUUGCUUACGUUUUGCCUCACUUUGACUCACUAACUCACGUGGUGUUUCGUGUGUCCUCGGUAUUCAUCUUUCAAAGGUUUGCUGAGGUCUGAUAUUCUGUCUUUGUACUUAAAGCGUUCAUCUUUUAAAAAGUUUGCUAAAUCUUCGUAAAGCGUACAUCGAUCUGUGUUUGCUGAAUCUUCCAAAGUGUUCAUCUUUCAGAAGUUUGCUGUUAAAUUUUACUUUCGAUGAAGCCUUCAUAUUUUUCAGCAUGGUUCUUCAUUGUCUUUGGAAAAUAUGUGCGACUCCUGCCUUUGUGCCACAAAGUAAAUGUACUGAGUUUGUAGCUCGGGGGCCAUUGUCAAGCCACAAAGUAAAUUUACCGAGUUGUUUAGCUCGGCGGCCGUUGUGUCACAAAGUGAAUCUACCGAGUUGUGUAGCUUGGCAGCUGUUGUACCACAAAGUAAAUCUACCGAAAUUUAUGUGAAGCUCGGCGGCGCAAUUUGAUCAUGACUUGUGAUAUUUUUGGCACCGAAUAAACGAACACUUUAACUCUAUGUUAUUUAUUAGGAAAAACUUAUAAACCAGCCCACAGUAGCGCCACUCUUGAAUCGCUGAAAUCAACACGCUCGACCUAAUUACUGGAAAAGUUAUUGACGUAAGCCGCACACACAUUCCACCGAAGGCUUUGAGAGGGUUAGUGCGAAAUUUGAAUUAAGAUGUGAAAACUUUUAAAAAAUUAAAUUCAGUUUAAUUCAUUUUGUCAACAGGUUGAUGAUUGGAUGCUCUUAAAAAUAACAGAGAAAAUUAUACGAAGAAAUGUUUUUUAAAAAAGAAAAAGAAUCCGCGUUAAUCAACCUUUGAACAAUUUCACCCUGUAAUGGUGCCAGUAAAACAAAAGUUUAAAUGUUCUACUUACACGCCUGACACACUCUGGCUAGUGUCUCCUCCAAUUACAAGCACUUGACACCGAACCAUACGAUAUUUUUUCAAAAUCUUCUUAUAAUGAUACACAGUUUAUAUAGAGGUUUCGCUGUAAAUAUGCCAUAAUCAUAUUUAUCUAUUGCAAGAACCAUCCAAUCUUCCCCCUCAACUGUUACCUGUAAGCCUAACAAACAUAUCGAACACACUCUCCUAAGCUCCGAUUACUCCUAGUAUGGAACUAAUUAAUAGGAUGGGACCUUAUUUUAGCAAAAUGUAACCCAGGGAAAAUAUAUGAGAGGGAAGAAAAGCCAAUGCUAUUCAUUGUAUGAGAUAGCUAUGUUCAUAGAUAUUCCAUAGCACUGACAUAACUGGGCCAUAAGUUGUAUGGAAAUGAUAUGGGACACCAACUUUUCAAUGUGCCAUAGAUAAUCCAUACCUAUAACAUUCACUUUUUAAGUUCCAUAGAAUUUCCAUAUGAUGACUUCAUUUAGGAAUGUCUCCCAUAGAGUUUCCAAUGGCUGGUUUUACAGAAACUCUGUGAAGCCAAAGUUAAACUCAGAGGUGUGGUACUGAAAUUCUUUGCUAAGUCCAUGGGCUGAAACUAACAAAAAGUACUUUUUUAUUUUAUUAUUAUUUUUAUAUAACUCAUCUAAUAAUAUUUUGAUGUAACUAUUUUGAAAUAAGAACAUGUGUUUUAAAAUGAGUCCUCACUUUCGAACCAAACAUCAUUCUUUCACUUUCGAGAAGGCAACGCACAUUAACAGGUAAAAAUUUAAAUUUGAUCACGAGAAAAAAGAAAACGAUGUUUUUUGGUCUGAUUGACUCAUGCUAGAAGUAAGCCAUUCUAAACGACGAAAAAUUUAGGAUCAAAACAAACCAAUCGAAAAAUAGGACAGUUCCCGAUGGGUCCACACGCCCAAUUCCUUGUUAAAGGACCGGUUUCUGAUUGGCUGAAAGUCCUUAGGUGGCCCCAGUUGAAGUCUUCACUUUGUAAUUGCGCAAACUUAAUCACUCUUAAUGAUUUACUUCUAAUAAUAUUAUUCCUGAGAAUUUCCGAGAAUGGUUUUUUUGUUAUUGAUCUAUAAUAAUAAAAAUUUAAUUUGUUGAUAACGUAUUUUGUUGAUAUUUUGUGAAACAGACAACUUUGCUUUUGUGUUUAGGUCAGGCUUGUUUGGUUUCCGCUCCCUUCAUUCAGCUUGGGUGUCCUUUUGCAACUGGCUCCACCACAGCUCGGAGAAACUGUUUGGGGCUAUGGGAGAGAAUAUAGGCAACCAUCCUUUUGCCACCAUAGCUAUGGCCAUUUUCCUUGUUGGGCUUUUUUCGAUUGGAUUUUUGUGGUUUAAUUCUGAAAGAAGAUCUGCCAAGAUUUUUGUUCCCCAGAAUAGCAAAUCUCAGCAAGAUCUUGAUAAAGCAAGCAAAUUUUUCAAGUUCAAGCUGAGACAAGAGAAGGUAAUCAUUGCUCCUAAGCAAGGUGAAAAUAUAAUUGAUCCCAAGUGCCUCAAAGAAGUCUUGCAAGUUCAUCUUGNCAGGCUUGUUUGGUUUCCGCUCCCUUCAUUCAGCUUGGGUGUCCUUUUGCAACUGGCUCCACCACAGCUCGGAGAAACUGUUUGGGGCUAUGGGAGAGAAUAUAGGCAACCAUCCUUUUGCCACCAUAGCUAUGGCCAUUUUCCUUGUUGGGCUUUUUUCGAUUGGAUUUUUGUGGUUUAAUUCUGAAAGAAGAUCUGCCAAGAUUUUUGUUCCCCAGAAUAGCAAAUCUCUGCAAGAUCUUGAUAAAGCAAGCAAAUUUUUCAAGUUCAAGCUGAGACAAGAGAAGGUAAUCAUUGCUCCUAAGCAAGGUGAAAAUAUAAUUGAUCCCAAGUGCCUCAAAGAAGUCUUGCAAGUUCAUCUUGCGGUUGAAAAUUUGACAGGGUAUGCUGAUGUAUGUUCAGUAAGGCCAGGAGUAAAAGAAAGGUCAAGAGAAUUUUGCAUGGCUGUUAAUCCUUUAGAACUCUUUAAUUACAAUGCAGAGAGCAUGGUUAACAUAAAAGCAAAACUGAGCAGUGCUCUAAACUGUCCAGGUGUUUUAAUGAGAAAUGGCCGCCCUUCAUGCCUUAACUUUCCAAAAAUGUUUAGUGGCUUAAAGAAAAAUGAAUCAUCAAACGAAAUUUUAAGUGCUCAAGCAUUGCAGAUAACAUGGUAUGUUGAUGAGCCUAGCAGUGAUAAAAGCACAGAUGAAAUAAAAGCCUGGGAAGAAUCAUUUAUCGAGAAACUAUCCUCUUUGCAAGAUGAGUUGUCAAAUAUUGAAAUCUACAUUUCUGCCGAAAAAAGCUUGGAUGAUGCAGUUGCUGCAAGUAGCUCGUCUGAUAUCCGUUGGUUUUCCCUCACAUUUACUCUCUUGUUAACGUUUGCUAGCGUGAUGUUAGGAAAGAUUUUCACGAAUCCGCUGACGGGACACACCUUACUUGCAUUAGGUGGCACCUUUGCUGUGGCUCUUGGAAUCUUAGCUGGGUUUUCUUUGUCUAUGCUAGCACAAACACCUUUUGUUAGCAUUGUGGGUGUUCUGCCAUUUCUUGUUGUUGGUAUUGGCGUUGAUGAUAUGUUUAUUAUUGUGGAUCACUUAGAUCGCCAGGAACGUCAGUUGAAAGUUCCUACUGUAGUCCGGCGAGUUAUGUCUGGUACAGGGGUAACAAUUACCAUGACAACCCUAACAGACCUGGUGGCCUUUGCUGUGAGCACAAAUUCUCAAUUCCCUUCAAUUCAGUACUUUUGUACUUAUGCUGCUUUAACAAUAACCUUUUCAUUUCUCAUGAUUGUCACUGUCUUUGUGGCUAUGAUGUCAUUUGAUGUGCGGCGAAUUAAAGCAAAUAGACGAAACUGUCUUCCAAUGUGCUAUGCCCCAGAGCCAAAAGAAGGGCAGCCUCCUUGGGAUGAACCUCAGCCUCAGGUAUCAAACAGAUUGAUGAAAAGAUGGGCAGAGUUCCUCAUGCACCCAACAGUCAAGACUGCAGUUGUGCUUAUCUCUCUUUGCUUACUAGGAGGAGGUAUAUAUGCCACCAUUCACGUAGAUCAAGAAUUUGACAGAAGUUUGUUGGCCAAAGAAGGGUCUUAUUUUGAUGAGUUCGUGAAAAUGGAUCGAAAAUAUUUCGAACUACCCAUGGAAACCAGUAUUGUACUAAUUGGAAAUGUGGAGUAUGGAACAGUCUCUGUGCAAAAUGAGAUUACCGAGCUUUCUCAGAUUGUUGCUUUGAAUAAAUACUUUGAAACAGAUACUGUUACAUGGAUGGGGAAUUUCUUGAAGUACUGUAAGGAUCAUAAUAAACCUUGCGAUGGUGAUGACUUCAUGGCCAGUUUAAAGAGUUUCCUCAGCACCUCUAAAUUCUCUUAUUAUAAUGGAGACAUCAAAUUUGGCCAAAAUGAGACAGUGAUUGAAGCCUCGCGUAUAACUGCUUUCAUGAAACGCUCCUAUAGCUCAGUAUUCAAAAAGGAUGCCAUGCUGUCUAUGCGAAAGGAUUUAAGUGCAAAGUCAAAGCUGCCUGUUUUUGUGGCUGCACCUUCCUUUGUCUACCUUGAGCAGUAUGCAGCUAUUCUCUCUGAGACAAUUCGUAACCUGACAAUUGCAGCGCUGGCAGUGCUCGUUGUGACAGCCCCCUUCUUGAUCAAUUUAAGUGUGUCUUUUUUGGUGUUUGUUGGUUUUGUGUCUCUGAUCUUUGAGUUGUUUGGAAUGAUGUGGCUGCUGAAUGUCUCUCUUAACUCCAUCUCCAUGAUANAUGCUGUCUAUGCGAAAGGAUUUAAGUGCAAAGUCAAAGCUGCCUGUUUUUGUGGCUGCACCUUCCUUUGUCUACCUUGAGCAGUAUGCAGCUAUUCUCUCUGAGACAAUUCGUAACCUGACAAUUGCAGCGCUGGCAGUGCUCGUUGUGACAGCCCCCUUCUUGAUCAAUUUAAGUGUGUCUUUUUUGGUGUUUGUUGGUUUUGUGUCUCUGAUCUUUGAGUUGUUUGGAAUGAUGUGGCUGCUGAAUGUCUCUCUUAACUCCAUCUCCAUGAUAAACCUGGUUAUGGCUAUUGGUUUUGCUGUGGACUACAGUGCCCAUAUAGCUCAUGCCUUUGUUAAGGCAACUGAUACUUCAGCUGAUAAAAGGGUAGUCGAAGCAGUUACCUAUGUUGGAGCAAGUGUCAUGUUAGGAGGUAAGGAAACACUGUAGAGGGUAAGUACGUGGAAGAUGAUCAUCCAAGUAUGUAGAGGCCUGAAUAGGACUGUUGACAGUGACUGAAGUUUCGACAACCUGUGCGAUAGUCAUCUUUAGAGUCAAAGUGACCUGUAUUACGUCUGUUGAUGGUGUUCAACCCUAGUUAUUGACCUGGGCCCAGUUGCUCGAAGCGUGGUUAGCGUUAACCAGCGUUUAAUACCUUGACAACGUAUUGGUUUUGAUACUGCUUAACCAAUGGUUAAAGCAAACCAUGCUUUGAGCAACUCAGCGCUGAUUUGUCAAUUAAGUCGAUGUUAUUGGUGGUCUGUCAGUUAAGCCGUGAUGUUAUUGGCUAUGAAGACUCUAGAACGCUACUGAAUUGUAGUCAACAUUUAUCGGCACCGCACAAACAACUUACUGACAUGGAUAACUGACAAUUUAACCAACAAUUAACAAAAGACAGUUACACUGUGACAAAAGACAGACUGAAACGCACCAAACACAUUAAGAGUCCUCAUAGCCAAUAACGUCACGGUUUAACUGACAGACCACUUAAUUGACUUAAUUGACUUAAUUGACCAAUCAGGUCAAUAACGAGAGUUUAAUACCGUCAACUGAUGUGAUACAACUCACUUAGACUCUGAAGAUGACAGCACAGGUUGUCGAAGAGUCAGUCACUGUCAACAGUCCUAUCCAGGACUACACUCACCCAGACGAUCAUGCUCCACCUGCUUAUAUGAAACGACUCCUGGGUUAAAACCUUUCACAAGUGAAAGACUUAGUAUAAAGUUCACCCAUAUUCGAGCUUUGUUCACACAUUAUUACUGACCCGUUUUGGCCCUAUGCAAACAUUUUCACCAAGACAUAACUAUUCUAGUGAGAUUUAAGCUAAAAAAAAUGUAGGCAAGAAUUGAAUGUGAAAUGUUGUGGCGUACAUGUAAAUUACAGUGACGGAAGCAAGACAAAGUUGAAUGAGAAUCGAGCGUGGCUGCUAGUACCCUUAAUUUUGCUUAUUUCUAAUUCCAGUCGUCCAUGUACACGAAAAAGCUCUUUUUGGUGGAUAGAAAAUCCUAUCCUGUUAGCUCUGCUACUGGAGUGAAGUUGUACUACUUCAGACAAAAAUAGCUGGAACACUUCCACCAAACGUUGUUUUUUUUUUUUACUUCUGGCCCACCAUUACAUCCACCCAAUGUCUUUUAUCGCAGGUAACUCACCAAAUCUUGCACACCAACAUUGAGAGAGUACGAAGACAGUUGACUGAGACUGUAGCAUGACUGAUACUGAGACGACAUUUUAUUUUCCUGUCAUGUAAACGAAUGUGGUGCAACAAGAGGAACCCUGCCAGUACAGAAUUGUACCAGUAUCAUGUAAACAGUGUUUCUUUAAUCUUUGGAAAAUUUUACAGAUAAGCAAAUACAAUGAGAAUCUACCUUGUGAUUAUUUUACUAAGGAGGACAAUGUUAAAUGUUGAUUUUUUUUUAUUUAGGUGCCAGUACCCUCAUUGGAAUCUCCAUGAUAGCCUUCUCAAAGUCAAAGAUUUUUCAGAUUUUCUUCAAGAUGUUCUUUAGCAUGGUACUCCUUGGUCUUCUCCAUGGCCUUUGCUUUCUGCCAGUCCAUCUCUCUGUGCUGUACAAUCUUGCUGCCUCAGUGUACAAACGACGUGGCUCCAACGGAAAACAGAGUGAAGUGGUUCCUGGCGCAGAGGGCCCGGGUACAGUUUAUUGCAACCCAGCAGGGGAUAAACUUCCUCUGGAAUCUUCUGCAAUCAAUCAAGAGACACAGAAAGAUUGUAGAGAAGCUUCAAACCUGCUAUCCUCUGAGCAGCAGUUGAAUGGCAGUACCACAAAAGGUUGGAAAAAUUAACUAUUGUUGAUGAUAAAUACCAAUUUAAUGUUUGAGAAGGUAUUUAUAUCAGUGCUCAAAGCAGUUUUAUCCAAUAUCCGAAAACCUGUAAGUCAGUCAGUCUGUAAAAACUAAGUGGACCCUUGCUUUUUCCAAAACCUACUCCAUAGUAUCUGCAUACCUGAUCAAUUAAACUGAAUAAUGUUCGAUUUAUCAUAGGAAAGGUUUUAUUUAAAAAAUUUCUACAUAAUAAGAGUUAUGUCUUGCAUCUCGUCAAUAGCGUAACAUUACAAUUUUAGUCAAGAAACGAUAUUAGCUUAUUUUUCUCCGACCGUCCGAAAGCAGCUGAGCUCUUGGAUCUUCCUGUGCUAAACGUCCUUAAUAAAGGCUUGUUGAAGCGGACUGUUGGUUACUUUGAGUCCAUCAUUUCAAGUAAGAUUUCAAAGUUCGCGAGUAAAUAUUUAAACACUGAUAUGGUUAUGAAACAUCUCAGCACCGUUGGCCCUCCAAACAUUCAGCCUUGAUUGUCAUGGUGCUGGCAAAAGUAGUCACAUUCCAAAUAAUCGAAGCACUGUCAACAGCGAUUGAUAACAUGACUUGAAUGAUGAAUUCAAGAACAUGGCGGAGGUCCACCUUCAUUAAGAAAUGAAAAUACGUUUGUUAUACUCAGUAAUCGAAUCGAUCAAAAACAAACGGCAACAGUAGCUGAAAACAAAUACGUAAACUUUUCACUGUAAAGAAAUACGUACCUCGAAAUAAUUCACCUGACUUGCCAGUAGCCAAGAAUAUUAUCAGUCAAAUUUUAAUAGUUCAUGAUCAACAGUUUGAACAAGAGAAAAUUUAACGCGUAUGAUUGUUAUCCCCCCAAAAAAACGAAAAACACCUUUUAGUCAUCUGACUUGUUGAACAGCACAAAGACAACGACAGCAGCGGAAAAAAGUCGCCAAAUCUUUACUCAUCUGACCAUGCACGUGCAUGAACCUGAGGUGAGGACGAAUUUUCGCAGCGUCCAUACUUUUAGACCUUCAGUCAUAUAGGUCACCUCAGAUGCGUCACUGCAAAAUCGGCACUAAACAACCUUAACUGGAAAAACUAGUCUCGCUAGUUUAGUCACGGGUAAACCUGUUUUUAUAUAGUUUCCCAUAUCUUUCUUUUAGUUUUAUGAAAACUGGUUUCAGCAAAUCCCAAGGGAUAAUAGAAUCUUUACCAUCAUUGGACAGCUCUUCUUUAAUCCAAUUAAUGCGGUCCCAUGAGAAAUACACACGCCUCCUGGAAAUAAAGAGGGGAUGCCCAAAAAAUUCUCUGCACAAUUGGGCAAAUAAGGGAAGUUAACAUUUAGGAUCCUCUUUGGAGACAUAGGUGCCUUAUCACUCUUACUGCAAUGUAAUGGUGUGCAGAUUUUAUAUGAAGAAUAAGCUGAAUACCACCAAAUGCUCUUAGCUACAAUGUAAUUUUUUCUUUAGAAAAUAAGAACCUAAAUAGCCUAAAUUUGUGCUAAUUACCAUUUAUGUACGAACCUGUUAUAGCUAACGUGGGAAGUCGCUGGGUUUUACUGUAUUUAAACCAAUAAUGAACUCAGUAUUGAAAUAACCAAGUUCAAAUUUUACUCUUUUAGGAACGCGUUACCGGGUUUCACUAUAACAAUACUGGGAUCAUUAUACAUUUGUGAGACACUGCCCAUCUACCCCUCCUCUAAGCCAAUAUUUUGCCCUAAGUGAGAAGUAAAUGUUAAUGUUGGCUUAGGGGAGGGGUAGGUGGGCAGUUUUCUUAGAAACGUAUAAUGAUCCCAAUAUUGUACCAGUGUCACCAUUGUCCACGGUUUCGAUCAGUCAGCACAUUAUUGUAUAUAGAGGAUAUUACAUGGCCGCGCGGAGAUACGAAAUUUCUCUUCGAGUGUUGUAAAAUAUUGCACGAGUGAGCGCAGCGAACGAGUGAAAUAUUUUUUCAACACGAGAAGAGAAAUUUCGUAUCUCCAAGCGGCCAUGUAAUGUUUUAUUUAUUAUAUAAACACCAAUGAAAUAGCAAACCAUUUCACUUUAAUAGUUUUUUGGUGUGAAAGGCGCGAUUUAUUAUGUAGCCACAGCAAAGUGAUAUUUUCACAUGUGAAGAUAUCAAGUUUUCGCGCGAAAGCUCACCUGGUACUUCAUUGGUGUUUAUAUAAUAAGGGGUAUAUAUUUCACUCUUUUUCAAGAAAUGAUCAUAGUUCACCAUUAAACAAAAAUCUGAGGAAGCUUUUCUGAAUCUGACCAAGCAAACAGCUUCAGUAGCAUUAUUGUUUAUUGAUUGGUUUGAUGGCUGACUAGAAAAUAUGCUUCUUCCUUCUUUCUCAAGAAAAGGUCCAAACUUUUGCAAUGAUUAGUGUGCAACAGCUUCAUCUUAUAAUUAUCCUAGACACCACAUCCAAUCUAAAUCAUGUUUUGCUCUGCGGAUCUGUAGGGCUGUGGCUUUAUGACUGCCAGUGUAAUUGGUGCUUGCGCCUGGUUGGCAAAACUUUACCUUUAGAUUGAACAGCAGAGACAAAGUUGCAAGAACUUAUUUCUGGUUGUCUAACUUGUUCUCAAUUCUUCUUUUUAAACAGACAACGGAGGAACAGAUGACAGAGAAAAGGAGAGUUUGGAUCGUGAAUCAAAAUUGUGA